UGAAUAUGUUGUGUUGAUUAGGUUUGUACUAACAGCUGCGAAGAUAUCCCAGUCCAGCCAUCCAAACACGAAGGAAGAUCACCAGUGUCGGAGUUGUCGCCCAAAGGGUUUCCUCAGCAAAAACUCUCACUUAAAACCCAGCAGCAGGGGGAGCACUCGGAGGAGGAGGGGAGGGAAGAAGGGAACUAUGUAGCUCGUCUUGACUAGAACAUAUAAUUUCUUCGAAGAAUGUCUCGCUCGAUGAUCGAUCAUGUCCAGGUGCCUGCCCAGCUCAAGGCGGGCACGCUGAUGCUCAAGGUAUCCGCAAAGAAGACCAUCAAGACCAACGUCUCACUCGAGUACGAACGCGGCCAGAUCGUUUGGGAGACCAAGAAGGGCGGCUCUCUCAACAUCGAAUCCGUCAGGGAGAUCAGAUUCGGCCAGGAUGCCUCCUACUACCGCACCCAAUUCAAACUGAGCCCAGAGCUCGAAGGACGCUGGCUGACGAUCAUCUAUCUGUCCAAGAAGUCGACCUACAAGAUGCUCCAUCUCAUCGCCUGCGACCCCGACACUUUCGCCCUGUGGAAGGAAACCCUCCUGCGAAUCCUGGCCUUCAGACGCGAACUGCUCGGCGGCCUGAACCAUAUGCGCAAGCGACAAGACUAUUGGCUUAAACAGAAUUGGUCCCAGGGCGAUAGCACUGAAGAUGCCAAAUUGGACUUCCAAGAGAUCGUCAACCUAUGUCGCAAGCUCAACAUCUCUGUUCCCCAGUCCGACAUCCAGGCCCAUUUCGAUAUUGCCGACUCGCAAAAACGCGGCUAUCUCGACUUCCCGGCCUUCCAACACUUCGUCAAGCUCAUGAAGAGACGCCCCGAUCUCGAGUCUCUCUUCCAACAAUUCACCUCCGGGAGAGCGGUCAUGAGCGUGGACGAGUUCACUCGAUUCAUGCAGAACGUCCAACACUCUGAAUUGACGCCUUCGACGAUCCACGCGAUCUACACCAAGUUUUUGGACGACGAUAAUGAUGAUGAUAGAGAGAGGGAAGCCCGGGAGCUUAAUCCGACAAAGCAGAUGACGAUCGAAGGCUUUGCGAGCUUUCUCCAAUCCGCCGAUAACGCGGCCCUUCACGAGAAACAUACCGCCGUUCAUCAAGACAUGUCCCUACCUCUCCACGAUUAUUUUAUCUCUACCUCCCACAAUACUUAUCUGGUCGGCAAUCAGCUCAAGGGAGAAAGUACCGUCGAAGGCUACAUUCGCGCCUUACAACACGGAUGUCGAAGUGUCGAACUUGAUUGCUGGGAUGGAGAUGCCGGGGAGCCGGUGAUCUAUCACGGCCGAACCCUAACGAGGAAGCUACAGUUAUCAGAAGCAUUGAAGGCGAUCUCCAAGCACGCCUUUGUCGCCUCGCCCUACCCCUUGAUUUUGUCCUUGGAGGUCCAUUGUCAGCCCGCUCAACAGGAACGUCUUGCCGAACUUUUGAAGACUUGUCUGGGCGAAGCUUUGGUCGAUCGACCUCUUGAAAAUCUCUCCUCCGAGUCCUUGCCUAGUCCUAAAGACUUGAUGUAUCGCAUAUUGGUCAAGGCUAAGAAACCAAUAGUAGGAGGAGAUGGCCCAAGGUCGACUGAGAUAUAUUCCAAUUUCGAUAGCUCGGCCACCUCUACAACAUCCGGCUCAUCUACGAGUUCAGAUUCGGACUUGAAGCGCAGAAUCUCCAACGCAUCGACAGUAUUGGGCGAACGGUUCAAGCGUAUUGCCUCAGCGAUGUCGAUCCCGAGUCCGCCGGUCGAGAGGUCGCUGCCCACGACGACCGACCAGUCGCCGACGUUGACUGGGCAGUCCGGCUCGGCGGCCCUGAUCCCGGGACCAAGCGUGGGCUCGUUAGCUCCUCCACCUUCGAAGAUCCCGACGGCGCCACUGACAAACAGUCUUUCGAGUCUGAUCGUUUAUACCGUCGGCGUCAAGGCGCGCGGGUUCAAUAAACUGACGACGUACGAGAAGGAGCAUAUCUUGUCGCUCUCCGAACGGACCGUCAAUAAGUUCCUCAAAGCAGGCCCGCUCAGAAUGUUGGACCUCAUCCAACACAACCGCUCCCAUCUUACUCGCGCCUAUCCCGCCGCCACUCGGGUCUUUAGCUCGAACUUCUUGCCCCAUAGGUUCUGGGCCGUCGGCCUCCAAUUGGUCGCUUGUAACUGGCAAACUCAUGAUCUCGCCAUGGAACUUAACUCGGCCUUCUUCGAUCAAAACGGACGCUCGGGAUAUCUCCUCAAACCGUUGGCGCUGAGGGUCAAGGGCAAAGAGAAAGAUGCGGCAACGAAGAUGCAUAAGUAUCAGUUAGACAUCACUAUCAUCUCGAUCCAACAAUUACCUAAGCUGACGAUCGAGGACGACAAUGCUGGGAUCGAUCCCUGCGUCGAAGUCCAACUCAUCUCGCCCGUCCCUAAUUCCUCCUGCACUUCGCCCCCGCAAUCUACUAAACGAAGGACUAAGGUCGUCAAGGGCAACGGGUUUAAUCCAGUGUAUCAUGAAGAAUUCAAGAUCCAAUUCCAGACGCCCGGCGAGAUGGUAGACCUAUGUUUCUUGAGGUUAUUGGUCAUCGAUGCCGGCCAGGGCAGUGGAAAUGGAGCCAAAGAAGAGGACGGAUUGGUGGGCAAAGUGUGUGUCUGUUUAGGCGGGCUCCAACCAGGUUAUCGCCAUCUACCUCUCCAUGACGAUUCCGGCCAACAGCUCCUGUUCGCCUCGAUCUUCAUCAACUCUUCUCUCUCCAAGCUCCCCUGACCGACCUCUUCCUCUUGCUCCUAUACACUUUUUCUCUCUCUCGCUCUCCUCCACCAACACACACGCAUAUAUAAAAUAUAAAACCGCUCACACUCGAUCUUGGCUCUCUGCUCAUCCUGAAAAAUCAAUCAAUUAAACACACCUCCCCCUCUUAUCUGUAUUUUUUUUUCUAUCAUAUUCUAUAUCUCGUUUUGUUUAUUGAUCAAUCGAGAUCUUCUAGUUUGUAUUACUAUACAUAUCUAUAUGAUAAAAACACAUCCUCUGACUGACUGUUAUUGUACACUACACAUCCCAUCGUGACCGUCUAAGCUAACUUGUUAAACUACAUCCUGUGUCAUUGCUUCCUGCUUAAUUCUAUUCAUAAAACAAUCGGCAUCUAUCAAUGAUACAUACAUGCAUGGCACUGAUAGUAUGAUUGCUGAUCCUCCACCGAUCUGUCCCACAUUCCAUGUCCGAUUCCUGUGAAAUUAAGAUGUAUGUAAUCAUAUUUAUGUAUGUUAUCAAUGUGGCGGGCUUUGUAGGAAUCAAAAUGGGAUGCUUUCUCUUCUCUGAUCAUCAUACUUGAGCCUAACAAUUGGACGCAACUCUCCCAAAGAUCUGAUGGAAUAGUUUUGC